GUGCAAACGUACAUGGACCACUAUUGCAACAACACGACUGACAAGCGUAUCCUGAUGAUGUUUCUGAACAUCUGCUGUGAGCUGCACAAGCUUUGCCAACGGCUGGAGUGCCUGCAUCCUGGAAACAGCACCACCAACGCCAUCUUGGAGAAAUGCAAGACCUACGUCAGCCACAGCAAUGAUCUCAGUGGCCUCCGGGCUAAAUAUCCUCACGACGUGGUGAACCAUCUCAGCUGCGACGAAGCCCGGAACCAUUACGGGGGCGUGGUCAGCCUCAUCCCCAUCGUCCUGGACUGCAUGAAGGAGUGGGUGGCUCACACGGAGAAGCUUCCCCGGAACAUGCUGCAGAGCGCUACCUAAACUACCUCUGCCCAUUUUUUUUUGCUUCCAACCCGAAGACGCUUCUGAAUAAAGCCAUUUCCCAUGCA